CCCCGUCGCGUCUCGGCCCCGACAAGAAUCGUGUUUUGGAGACUUGGACAAAGAGGCCGGCAAGCAAACAUCUGCACCUGACGGGCUGUGUUCUAAACAUUCACGGCGACGCAAACGGCUACUCAGAGACGAUCCUUUACCCCUGCGUUCACUCGCUAAUCAUAAACCCCACGAGAGGACGACGACAGUCCAAGUUCAAGAAGCCAAACGCCUUCCAAUUCCAAUGCGCAAACCUGGACGCCGACCUUGAGCGGGCUCAGCCAUGACGGCAAAUACGAACCGCUACUCGACCUACACGGCCGCUUCGGUCGCCUCUGGCGCCGACUCGAGGAACAGCGACAAGGCGGAAAAGAAGGAGCUAUGGAACUCGAUGCUCGCUACCGUAGCCAGCGGGAGGCGGCUGCCAGAGAAGAACAUCAUCCUGCUUGGCGGCACCGUCGACUCCCAGCGCGAGUUCUUUGAGACGCUCUCCAACAACGACGGUCGCCGGACCCUCGACCGGAACGGCUCCCGCAUGCCCCCCGUCGCCAACAGCUUCGCCCUGGGCUAUACCUACUAUGAUGUCCUGGACGCCGACCACGAAGACACCCUAGCCCGCAUCUCCCUCUACACUCUCACGAGCCCCUCAGCCGCCUUCUCCUCCCUUCUACAGCCCCUCCUCACGCCCCAAUCGAUACCAAAUACCCUGAUAGUGGUGCUGCUGGACUGGUCCGAACCGUGGAAGUGGAUGCGCCAGCUCCGGGAAUGGAUCCUGCUCCUUAGGACGGUCCUGUUGUCUCUGAGCAAUGAGUGCAAGGAGACCAUGGAGGAGGUUAUGCUGGCAUGGCGGGACCGGGGACGAGGCGGCGGGAUAAACUUGGACGGGACCACGGCCGUUCCCACGGCAGAUGGCGAGAUGGACCUGCCUGUGGGACCGGGAGAGUGGGAGGACGCAUUAGGCCUCCCACUGUGCGUGGUGUGCCAGAAUGCCGAGAAGAUGGAGUAUCUGGAGAAGACACAGAGUUGGAAGGAGGAGGAAUUCGAUGUUGUCCUGCAAUUCAUGCGAACGGUGCUGCUAAGACAUGGCGCCUCCUUAAUCUACACCACCCCCUCCGUUCCGUCCCAGCUUCCAACCCUGAUCCAUUCCAGCCUGGGGAUACAUUCCCUCCUUAAGAAGCAACCUCUCAAGCACAACGUAAUCGACAGGGACAAGGUUGUCAUCCCGCCGAACUGGGAUUCGUGGGGCAAAAUCCGGGUGCUCAGAGACGGCUUCGACGUCGACCAAGUGAGCAAUGGAUGGUCAAUAGAUCUCGACCAACCUUCCCCCCUUCCACGCCCUAACGGCACCACUCCUGAAGAUGGUGAAGUCAACGGGGACAGUGAACGUCCUGCGGGCGACCCUGAGGGGUCAACAGUGGCGCUGUACGAAGAAUCUGUCCAGGAUCCGAGCAUGGACGCUCUCCAAUUAGCGGGGCGGAACACGCAUUCGACGACGCUCGAGGUGGAAACCAUAGAUACCCAGACGUUCCUGGCCCAGCAGCUCAAGGUGCUGGAGGCGUACAAGCAAAAGAACGAGGAGGCCUCGCGGGGCGAAGCCCGCCACAAGACUUACAAGAAAGUGGAGGAGGAGCACCUGGUAGGCGGCGCCGACCCGGAGCGGGCAGCCGAGGCCAAGGUCCUCGAGCAUAUCGGUCCCGUGCAGUUCAACAUGGGCGGCAUUCAGGUGGAUGCCGAUGACAUGGUGCAACGACUCAAGGAGCGCCAGGCGUACGGCUCACCCUCCGAGCCCGGCAGUCCAACAGUCGAGGAAGGCAUCGAGUCCACUCCGCACAUGGACACGGAGAACCUGCAGGCGUUUUUCCACGGGUUGAUGAACAGGAGAGGGGCUUCUGCCAAGUAAGGAAGCCGGGCCCGCUCGAGCUCUCUUGAAGCAAUCUGAACCCCGCGAACCGAAAGGAAGACGGAUACGUUGCAUCGAGUCAAUUGUCCCGAUCGGCGAUCAGACCGACGCGCGUACACACACAUUACCUUUGGAGUUCCCUUGUAUUGCGGAUGUUGCGAGUUUCACAUUCACGCGGGCCAUGUAGGAUGAGGCGUCAAGCCUAAUGGCCUUCUUAUCGGAACUGCGGCAGUGUUGCCCAAGUCUCGCUUUAGUUGGGAAGGAUAGGGCUUGAGUCUGGUUUGGGCGAUCUGCUGACAGGACAGACGAGGGUUGAAAGCCCAGAGAAAGUGUAGACUAGAUACCCAUUUGGAGAAUUAGAGGUAAUUCAAAGACAGAGCUAAUUACUGGAGUUGG